UUGGAAAAAUUCUUCAAAGGUUUUGGCCGCAUCAGAGAUAUCCUUAUCAAAAAUGGAUAUGGUUUUGUAGAAUUUGAAGAUUAUAGAGAUGCAGAUGAUGCUGUAUAUGAACUUAAUGGGAAAGAGUUACUUGGUGAAAGGGUGGUUGUGGAGCCGGCGCGCGGCAUCGACCGCAGUGCGGACCGGUACCGGCGCGACCGCUACUACGAGCGCGACCGCGGCGGCCGCUCGAGAUAUGAGGUGGAGCGCUCGUGGGGGGCGAGCCGCGUUCGUACGUCGCGAGCUCAGCCCGCGCCGUCGCCGCGUGACAAUGACUACAAUUAUAGAUAUGGACCGCCAACGCGCACCGAGUAUCGACUAAUCGUUGAAAAUCUGUCUAGCCGCAUUAGCUGGCAGGACUUGAAGGAUUAUAUGCGUCAAGCUGGCGAAGUUACGUAUGCUGACGCUCAUAAGCAGCACAGAAAUGAAGGUGUGGUGGAGUUCGCGUCGCACUCGGACAUGCGGGCGGCCAUCGAGAAGCUGGACGGAACUGAGCUGAACGGGCGGCGCAUCCGGCUGGUGGAGGACCGGCGCUCGUCGCGGCGCCGCACGCGCUCAUCGUCCAGCCGCUCGCGCUCGCGCUCGCGCGACCGUCGCCGCACGCGCUCCAGGUCCCGUUCUCGUCGUUCUUCGCGUAGCCGUUCACGCUCUAAGUCACGACCAAAGAGCAAGAGUCCAGUUGCCAAAUCUCGUUCCAGAUCGCGAUCAAAGGAGCGAAGCCGUUCCAAGUCAGCUUCCCGGUCCCCAUCGCGUAAGUCCGACCGCCGCGAGAGAUCAGCCUCCAACAAGUCGAUUGACAGGAAUGGGCGCCGUUCGACAUCCAGAUCAAAGUCCCGCUCGCCAAAAGACUCCAAGGAGAGGUCACGAUCACGAAGCAAAGACGCAGCAUCGCCCAAACGCGAGGAUGAACGCCGGGCCAGCAAGUCCCGCUCGCGCUCGCGCUCGCGCUCGGGGGCCCGCGAGCGCUCGGCGUCACGCUCUCGCUCGCGCUCGCGCUCCGGCUCGGGCUCGCCGCGCCAGAACGGCGACGGCCGCGACCGCGCCAGCACAGAUCGCUCCCCGCGCAGCGGAGAUUAG